AUGGCCUUUCUUCAGAAUAUGCUUAUUUUGCAGUUCUCAGUAUUUUCAGUAAUGUUGCAAUUGCUAAUACCAGCAGCAGGUCAAGCUUUGCCAGGGUGCCCUGACCGCUGUGGCAAUUUGUUAAUUCUCUACCCUUUUGGCAUAGCUGAAGGUUGUCACUUGGGAGAUGAGUUCUUCAUCGACUGUACUAAAGUGACAGGAAUACCCCUAACACCAUAUCUGGCAGGAACUGGUAUCCCAGUUUCCAACUUUUCUCUUGAUCAAGGUGAGUUACAAAUAAUGCAUUUUGUAGCCAGAGACUGUUAUGACAUCAAUGGUUCUUUGGAUAAGAAUCUCAGCAGGGUACGAGUAUUGAGCCUCAAUCCUCCUUUUACAAUAUCUAGCACCAAAAACAAGUUCUUUGUUGUUGGUUGUGACACUUAUGCAAUCUUCAAAGCCUAUCGAGAACAAGAAAGGUAUAUAACUGGUUGCAUGUCCUUCUGUGGGAGCCUUGGCAGUGUUAAUGAGUCUUGUUCUGGUGUAGGGUGUUGCCAAACUUCAAUCCCAUAUGGACUACAAAAUCACACGGUGAAGAUGGCUAGUUACACCAGUCAUGCCUUCAUAUGGGACUUCAACCCCUGCAGCUACUCUUUCAUUGUGGAAGACGACCAAUUUGAAUUCUCUAGUAAAAGUUUUCGAGAGCUAGACUACACAAUCCGGCUUCCGAUGGUUUUGAAUUGGCAAAUAGGGAAUGAGACAUGUGAUAAAGCUCAAGAGAAGCAAGGUUAUGCUUGUAAGGGAAACAACACAUGUGUCAACCCCAUUAAUCAGUCUGGUUACUUCUGUCAAUGCUUGCCAGGUUAUGAAGGGAAUCCAUACCUACCUGAAGGUUUCCGUGAUAUUGAUGAGUGCAAGAAUACCAACAUUUCAGCAACUUUCUAUCCAUCAUUUAUGGAGCAAUUAGCAGCAUCUGGUGCAACUGUUGUCGAAUCAAGAGUGCAGCUAGAUGGCAAUUCUGUGACAAGUUGUGGACCUAGUACUACCAUGGAGUUUUCUGUUGCACUUGUUGAGCAAUUGUAUUGA